CAGGUGGCAGCAGUUGUCAUGGAGAUAACUGCGGGCCUGGCGUCCGUUCCAGGGGUUGUUUCCAUGGAGAUCCCGCCCCGAGGUGCGCUGGCAGCGGUGGAGGAGGACGAGGACCGCGAGCAGUCGGGCACCGAAGAGCGGUUUCAGCAUCCCGGCCAUCUCCGCCGGCGCUGCCCGACCUCCAGCCAGGGAAACUUUUACAUGCUCAUCGUGAUCGGAGAGAUCGCGACAGAGCAUCAGCUGCUCACCGCCAGACAGCACAUAGAGCGCGGUAUCCGUUCCUGGGACAUCAAUGUGUCAGAGUGUGACCUGGACCAACAACUACAGCUUUUCAUAACCAGACAUUCCGCACAGUUCUCAGCCGAGGUCAGAGGACAAAGGACUCUGCACCACAAAAGUGAUGUUCUUGAGACUGUUGUAUUAGUAAACCCGUCAGAAGAUACUGUUAUCUCUGAGAUCCAUUGUCUUGUAUCUGACCCAGCUGUGCAUAAACUGCUGGUCCUGAGUGGGCAGAGCUCUGACCAAGGUGACCUGGUUCUCCAAACCGGAGUGUUCAGUCAUCAAACCUUCUCACGUGUGUUUUCUGACUCUGGGGUCAGUCAUUUACUGGCUAAAUCCAGCUCUGGACAGCAGGGAUCACUGACUGUGUGUUGUCGUGGUGAGGCAGGCUGGAGCUCUCUGGGGCAACAGCAACACAUUAGGGAGUUGCUGAAUUAUAGGCUGAAUCCAGAGCCCAUACUCCCUAAGAUGGAGGGGGUCACUGAGUUUACCGAAUAUAUAUCUGAGACUGUGGAUGUACCAUCCCCAUUUGACCUUCUUGAACCUCCAACCUCUGGAGGAUUCUUAAAGCUCUCAAAGCCUUGCUGCUACAUCUUUCCUGGUGGACGGGGAGACUCUGCACUUUUUGCUGUCAAUGGUUUUAACAUUCUGAUUGACGGUGGCUCUGACAGAAGGUCAUGCUUCUGGAAGCUUGUCAGACAUUUAGAUCGUAUUGAUUCUAUCCUUCUUACACAUAUUGGUGCUGAUAAUCUUCCUGGGAUCAAUGGACUCCUUCAAAGGAAGGUUGCAGAGCAGGAGGAAGAGCAGUCUCAAGGCUCAACCACCUACAGUGACUGGAUGAAGAACCUGAUAUCGCCAGAGCUCGGAGUCAUGUUCUUCAAUGUACCCGACAAGCUUCGCACAUCAGAAUCAAAUUUGAAAGUUAAGCGAAGUAUUGAGGAAGCCUCUCUUACAUUGCAAUACCUCAGCAAGCUGGGAAUUAAGCCUGAGCCUCUUUUUCGAGUGGUUAGUAAUACCAUUGAGCCCAUUACUCUUUUUCACAAGAUGGGUGUGGGCAGGUUAGACAUGUUUGUCCUGAACCCUGUGAAGGACAGUAAGGAAAUGCAGUUCCUCAUGCAGAAGUGGGCAGGUAACAGCAAGGCCAAGACGGGGAUAGUGCUUGCCAAUGGAAAAGAGGGAGAAAUAUCUGUACCGUAUUUGACAUCUAUUGCAGCUCUCGUCGUAUGGCUUCCUGCCAACCCCUCUGAGAAAAUUGUAAGGGUUUUAUUCCCUGGAAAUGCACCUCAGAACAAAAUCCUUGAAGGGCUUGAAAAGUUGAAGCACCUUGAUUUCUUGCGGUAUCCAGUAGCCACACAAAAAGACAUAAAUUCUGGCGUUUCACCUUCAGCUGUAAAACAAACAAAGCUAAAGCAAAGAACUGACAGCAAAGAAAGUCUCAAAUCAUCUCCCAAGACACACGCACCAGCUAAGCCUUCUAAGAAAGAAACCGAUGAGCAUGAGGAUGCAUCCAUAGUCGAAACAAAGAGUGACUCUGUCAAAGAAAACAAGAUUGAGAAAAAAGAAGAAAAGAAGCACACCAAGCCAUUGAAACCGAAAACAGAAGUGACAGAAAAGAAAAAGUUAUUGAAGGAGAAAUCACUGAAAAAACACCCAAAGGAAAGGGUGUCCAAAAUGGAUGAAAAGAAAGACAAAGAAAAGAGGGAAGUUAAGAAAGAAAAACGUGAAAUUAAAAAAGAUGAUGCUGUGAAAAAAGAUGAGAAAAAGUUUAAAGCCAAGGACACAUCAAAACUCGAACUUAGGAAAAUAACCAAACCUGACCUGAAACCUUUCACUCCAGAGGUCAGGAAGACCCUCCACAAGGCCAAAACCCAAGGUAAACCCAAAACAAUAAAGAGCAAACCUACAACUGCCAAGGUAGAGUGUGCAGAGAUUGCGGCAGAACCAGUGGCUGAGAAGAUCAAACUUGAGAAACAGGAGAAUGGGACAGGAGAAGCCAUAAUUUCUCCAUCUAUUCCCGAAGAUUUAACAAAAGACUUUGAUGAAAUGAGACCCACUGAAGUGACAGAUCAGUCUGAAGCCCCUAAAAGUGCCCUUACUGUCUCCGGAUUGCCAGCUGAAAGAGAUGAUGAAACUUCAAAUGCUGCAGAGGAACACGAACAAGAUCAUGUUACAGAAACCGAUAUUGUGGAACAGAAAACUACAGAGAAAGAAGUAGCGCUAUCAGCAGAAAUCGAAGAAGUGCCAUCAGCAGAAGUGAAAGAACAACAGGAUGAGCCCCAAACAUCAGAAUUAGAGAAAUUUGAGGAUGAGGGUGCUGCAAUUGAAGAUGAAGAUGAGGAGGAGGUUGAGAUACAGCCUGUUAAAAAGACAGAGGAAGAGGAGGAGGAAGACAUGGGAAUCGGAGAUGAAGAGGAUGAAGGGGGAGCAAAGGAAACCAAAGACUUGGAGGGAGUGGACAGAAAGCAUGAAGUUGAGGAAAUGGAGAAGCAAAAACAAGCAGAGGAAAGAAAGAUUGAAGUUGAAGAGGAGCAGCUUGAAGAAGAGGAUGUGAUUGAAAAAGCUGAGUUAGAGGAAGCAGAGGAUUUGGAUGCCAUUGCAGAUGAAGAAAUAAAAGAUCUCUCAGCUGAGAAAAUCAAGGAAGAAGAGGAUGCAUACUUGUCAAAUGUUGGAGGUGUCACAGCUGGCAUUACCUCUACAGCCCAAGGAGCUGCUGCAGCAGAAAACUUGUCAUACAUCCAGGAUGAAACCAUACCAGGUUACUCUGAGACUGAGCAGACCAUCUCAGAUGAGGAGAUCCAUGAAGAAGCAGAGGACAGGAUACCACACCUUCAAUAUGAGGUUGGUAGCUAUGAUGUCUCUGUCCCAGACCAACCAGGCUCUUUUGAUGCCAUCCAUGGAAUGAGAGAAAUGCAGGCAGCUGCAGUGGGCAAUGGAACAGGCAAAGUAUUGAUGGGUGCACAAGAGCCAGCUAUUUCUAUCUACACCAGCAUACUCGCAGCUCCAUUAGCUGAAGAGGAACAUGUUUCUUCUGCAACAUCCAUAACAGAGUAUGACAAACUGUCUUCUUUACCCACUUCCGUUGCAGAAGAUCAGUCAGUGGCAUCAGUUACAGCACCUCAGACCGAAGACACUGGAAAAAGCUCCCUGGUCUUGGACACCGUUCAACCGGUUUCUCAGACUGAGGCCACCCAAGGAAAAGAUCACCUACAUUCUGCUGGAACCAUCUCACCAACAUCCUCCUUAGAGGAAGACAAGUGCUUCAAAUCAUCUCCCUCUGAGGAAUCUCCUCCACUUCCCUUAGAAGGCAAAACCGAGGGAAUUGAGAUGGCUGCCCAUUACGAUGAUGAAGAGGAGGAUGAAUAUGAAGAUCAAACACCAAAUAUUGACAUUUCACUUGAAAAGUUACAAGAAGGAUAUGCCUCACCUGAUAAACUUGAACACAAGGAGAAAGAAAUGGACAAACCCAAAAGUCUUGUGCCUUUAGUUCCUGAUACUUCAUCUGAUGAAAAAUCCUCACCUCCUGAGAUAGAGAAGGCAUCAGUAUCACCUCCUAGGGAGGAUUCGUCUUUCGAAGUACAAACAAUACUCUCUUCCCCAUCGCACAGUGUUUCUAAGCUUCCUGUUUCUGAAGCUAGUGUUUUUCCAGAGGUGGAAGACCGGUGCAUUAGCCCUGAUGACAGCACUGUGAAAAUGGCUUCUCCUACCCAUUCUGGACCACCUAGUGCAUCUCACUCUCCCUUAAGAAUGUCACCUGUGGAAAAGAAAGAUAAAAUGCUUCUUAAAGAGACCCAACAAGAACCAGGAGUGCCACUUAGCACUACUGAAAUUAAAUUUGAAAAGGAGAGUGGGAAACAAAAACCUGACAUUUUAGAUGAGAAGGAAAUACCUCGAGCAGAGGAGGAAGAAAAGAAGAUAAUCCAGGAAGCAACCUCAGCACCAUCUCCACUUGUUGAUGACUUCUUAGCUAAAAAAGAAAGUAUAUCAAUUCUACCAUCAAAAGAAAUUAGUGAUACAAUGGUAAUGCCUGAUCCAAGUGUUGAAAAGAAGGGCGAAGUUGAAGAGGACUUAAAAGAGAGCAGUAAGGCUGUAAUCCUUGAGGAUAAAGAUAGCAAGUUAUCUUAUGAAUAUGACGUUGAAGAAACUUGUGAUUUAAAAUCAUCUACAGACAAAGAAGUGAAAAGAGAGGAGAAAGAAAAGGAGGGUGAGAGAGAUGAUGCUGAAGAGAAGCAUAAGGAGAAAGACCAAUUAUUAAAGUAUGCAGAGGUUACAGAUAAAGGUGAUGUAAUAUCAGAACCUGAAAAAGAAGCUUUGCCCUCUAAAGAGGAUUUUGAUAAGAAAAAUGCAAAUGAAGAAGAGUUUCAAGACAAGAGUUCUCCAGCAGUUCUGGAAAGGUCGGAGAUAGAGAAACAGGAGAAACAAGAAAUUCAGUCAGAGCAAGACAAAAUUUCUUCUAAAUUGGUAAAGGAAUCCAAAGAGAAAGAUCUGACUGAUACAUCUUGUCAGUUUUUAGAAAGCCCAGACAUCAAAGCAGAAACAUUGACAUCUCAUACGGAGACACAGGACACUGUAGAGACAGAUAUGACAACUAAACCGGAAAAGACCUCUGAGCAGAAAUCGGAGUCAGCUGAUAUUAUACCUGAACAGGUGGCUUUGGUGGAAACUGAUUCAUCCAUCUGUAUAGCCCAGUUUAAGGAAGACACAGAUGGCCUCAAAUCUCAAAUACAACAGUUAAGUGAAAAAACAGAUGUUACCUUAAAAGAUGAAGAAAAGGCAGAAAGUAAAAGUGAGGCUGGGCUGACAUGUGAGAAAAAUAUUUCAGCUGCCAAAGAACAUGAAGAAACUAUGGAUAAAAAUGUAGAGGAAUUAAAAUCUGUGACACAAGAGCAAAUUUCCCUCUCAAAACCAGAUGUUCAACCUACAGAGAUGCACGCAGAGGUGUCCAUUAUAAAGAAGGAUAUGUCUGCUGAAGAUGAACAAGAAUCUAAAAGGAAGUCAGUGCAAGAGAUGGAACCUCAUAUAUUAGGGGCAGCUCCAGGUGAGACUGAAAUUACUAGUAAACAAGAUGAGGACUUGAAGGAGAAACUAUUGGAAGAAACUCAAACCACACAACAUUUAGUAAAAGCAGAUGUAUCAUCCAAAGAAGAGCCUCAAAUUCCACAUUCCAUUAUUUCACAGGACACAGAUGAUGUGCACCAAACUAGCCAAGAUAUGGAAAAAACUGUAGAAGACACUAAAUCCAAAACACAACUAUCCAUUUCAGACAAAAUGGAUUCCUCACUAGUAUCAGACCAAGAAUCUAGAGAUGAACCAGCAGAAUUGAUCCAAGGUCAAGUCUCGCUGUCUGUAUCUGAGAAAUUAGAUUUGUCUGCUAAAGAUGAUCAGGACCGCGAAAACAAAGAGGUUGUGAAGCUAACUAGCAAGCCGGAUGAAGAAUCUACAGAAUGUCAGACUUAUGAAAAAACAGAUAAGCUUACUAUCUCUAAAUCUGAUUUUGAAUCUGAAGUGAAGAGUGAAUCCCAGGCAAUAAGAGAACUAGAGAACGAAGUUUUGCAAGCUAAAGAAGAUGAAAUAAGCAAAGGCAUAUUUUUCAAAUCUGAACAACCAGUUGAGUUUGAAGACAUAUCCUCAAAACCAUAUGAAUCUAAAGAUAAGUAUGCGGAACAUACUCAACUUCAGAUAUCUACAGAUCAAUCACUAUCUGAUAGUACAGAUAUGGCUGCUAAGAAGGACCAACAGUAUGAAGAAAAACACACAAAAGAGACUGUAACUGAAGUUCCUCAAACAAGUAUGGCAACAGAUGCACCAUCAGACACAAAACAAAAACUUGAGACCAUAUCUGUAGGAGAAGAAAAGACAGAACAGAUUACAUCAGAAUCAAAAUCUGAGGUUUCAAAAUCAGAACACGAUACUGUAGACCUUCCCAUUGUAGAAGAUAAAACAAUGGAUUCAAAAGUUAGCAAAGACUCUGAGGAGCAAUUAAUGAAAGAAGAUGCAUCAAAAUUGGUGUCAGAUGACACUAAAAUGGACUUGGGAACUAAACAGAAAUCUCUAGAUAAAUCUUCAGAACAGAUUUUUGAGACCUCAGAUCUGAGCCGUGAAGAAAAUUUGGAAUUGAAAGAUGAACCUAAAGAAGAUAUCAAACAAGACACAUUACAUGAAACAGAUACCUUUCUAUCAUCAGACAUUGGAUGCAAAUUAAAUUUAGAUUAUAAAGAAAAAUGCAUCGAAGAGACCUCAACUGUAGACAAAACAAAAGACAUCAAGUCAACCUUUGAAACUACGUUUCCAACCAAAUUUUCAGAUGAAGAUGAAAGUACAGAGGAGGAUGAAGGAGAUGCUGUUUGUAUGGGAGGUGCUGGUUCAAGACCAUUAUCAGUGGAACCAUGGAAGUCAGAGGAACCAAAGUUAAGCAGUUCUGCACAACCACCUGAGACAAGUAUGAAAAAAGAGGAAAUUGUGGCCCAUUUAGAAGAGAAAGAGUUGACUAGAGAUUCAAGUGGCACAUCAACUGAACCAGAGAAGGGGUGUAAGGUGGAUACCACAUCACUUACACCUACUGCAGAUACAAGUAAAAAAGAGACUCUAACUGAGAGCAAACCAAUGAGUAUCACACUGCCUAGCUUCGAAAUUCAAGGCAGUGUUGAGGAUAGCCAACAUCAAACAAUGAUCUCUGCAAAGGAAGCCGCAAAACUUGAGAAGGAGGCUGAGAGGGAAAGGGAAGGAGAACGAGAGGCUGCCUCUCCAGGGUUAGAGUCACAUUCUGAUUUUCAAAAGACUGAUAGUGCUGAUGAGAAAUGUGCUGAAAAGGCUGAUAGCGAGAAAAUGAAAUCUGAUGACAAAAUGAUGUAUGAAGUGGAAAAAGAAAGCUAUGAAGCUUCUAAAUAUGAGCCUUAUGAAAAGCCCAUUUCAAAAGACACUGAGAGAGAAAAAGAGGAAGAAGACCAGUACCCUAGUCUGGAUAGAGAUUUAGAUGAAAAUAGAAAAAGUCUGGCAUCUUUGCUAGGAGCUACUUGUUCAGUAGAGGAACAAAGUGAUGAUGAGCCAGUGUCUUUCAGCAAGGUUGAUUACCAGACUUCAAGUAUUCACAGCAGCCACAGUGCCUACUCAGAGCAAGACAAUAAGGAGCGAUACCAAGAGGAAGAAUUGGUUAGAGAAGAGAGACCAGAUCUUUUUGUCGACAGUAGUUUUACAACUGACAGCAAAGCCAUUUCGGCAGCAGGUUCAAGCUUGUUUGCCUCUAGUGAUUUGCAAGACAAAUCAGAGAAAUUGGAGAGAGAAGAGAAGGAGAAGGAGAAAGAGGUCACACAUUUUCUUCCUCAAGAAAAAGAUGAUGAAAGUCAUGUUAAAUUGUCAGAUAAAGAACCAUGUACAUCUGCUUCCUGCCUUUCAAAACCUGAUACGCAAGAGAAAGACCAUAAAACAGAAGAAACACUGACAAUGUCUCAUUCAGAGGACUUGGACAAGACCAAAACCCACGGGACUGAAGCUUCCACUCCACAAGGCCCUCUCGCAUCAUCACAAGAUCAAAGUCUUCAGAGUCUAACAACUUCAUCAACAUCUGCCUAUGAUGAGAACAAAAUGGAGAGUCCAAUAUCAAGUCAAAGUAACAAAGAUAAAAACAAACUGGAUUCAGCUGAAAGCAAAGAUGACCCAUUUUCUUCUGGUCGGUACUCACCACCUGAAAAGGACAUGCUGCCUGCCAGGUUAUUGGCUGAAGAUCCCAGCACCGCCACUCCUGGUUCUUCGGGGCAGUCUAUGAAAGUUGAUGACAAUGUUCUUGCACUUGAGUGUACUGGCAAAACAGAUUCUCUUUCCAGCAAGACAUUGAUUGUGAGUGCAGAGACAGAGGAAUGCUUGGUCAGAAGCCAAAAAAUAUUUGCAGAAGAAGAGGAUGACUAUGAGGAUGAGGAAGAGGAAGAGGAAAAUGCAAGUGACUUGGAUGUUGAAAAGGGUGCCAGAGAGAUGUCUGAGAAAGAGUCCAAAGCAGCAUUUGAUACCACAACUACAUCUAAACCACUCGAAACAAAACAAGAAGACACCACUGGUUCCUUAGCUUUUGGAGCAACUGCAAAAGUUCUACAGACAGGCAUGGUUGGUGACUCAUACACAGACAAAAUGUCACCCACAACAGAGCCAUCAUCAGUACAUGGAGAGCACCAGGAUGUAAUCAGCAAGGAGGGUGAGCAGUCCAAGAAAGAAGAUACUAGUUCAGUCCAGUCUGACAUACCUAAAUCCAGCGAUGACAAACAUGAACCACAGAAAAUUUCUGAUAAAAAGCCUGAAGUAUCUGAAUCCCUAGCUGUUGCUCAAGCAGCCAUGUCUGAUACAACUUACUCAUCAUCUUCAUCUUUUAGUUACUCUUCUUCAACCUCUGCCUCAUAUUCAACUGGUCAACACCUUGGAGAAGGGCUAGAACCACCGAUUAAUAUUCCUAGUGUCCAACUAAGGUCAGAUGGAGACAGUAUAUCAUUUGAGUACUCAUCCCUGAAAGAGGAAGAAUCGCCCAUUAUGGAUUUACCGUGUUUAAAAAAAGAUGAAUACAUGGAAGUCUCCGAUCGAAUGACACCUGCUACAACAACAGCUGAGUCAAUAUCCAGUCUUGCCAGGUUUUCUCCUCUCAGUCCCCUGGAGGAAUCCAAAUCGUUUCUUCAAGAUCAAACAUCAUCGGCAGAGGAAAAGUCAGAGGAGGAUAUGUCAAGCAUUAAAUCUGACAGGGAUCUAGUCUCUGAUCCUAAACAUGUAGCAGAACCACAUUCUUCAAAACUGCCAGAAUCAGCAACUUCUGAGCAUGCAGCUCACCCAACUGAGGUGGCACCUUCCACAUCCCUCAAGUUUGACAUUGUACCUUUGGAGAAGGCUGACUCUGCGGACAAACACUCACAAGAAAAAUCCUCUGAUGAUGAGCCUGAGGACAACAAAAGCAAUUUUGAGGAAGGAACGUUGCCAUGCAGAAUUGAGUGUGAAAGAUCUUCAGCUACUGAAAAAUUAAGCACAGCGUCUUUACCAGAGCAACAUACUGAUGUAAAACCCUCAACCACAACAUUACAUUCAUUUGAUCUGCACACCACAGAUGGACCAACAGAAAUGACAAGUUCUCAGAAGGUGCCAGUCACAGCUUGUGGGACUCUCAGUACUAGCACACUAAGUGAACAAUGUAUAAAGCAAGAAGGAUCAGAGAAGUCUGAGGAAAGUAAAGACUUGGCUGAGAAAGCACAGGAGAGGGUUGAAAUUAAAGAAUCAAAAGUGAGCAAGAUGGAAUAUGAAGAGAAGAGUAAGACAGAUGAGAAAGAAGAAGUAAAACAUAAAGCAAUAGAGGAAGAACAGAUACAACCUGAAAAGGAGGUUGAAGUGAGGUCAGAAAAGAUGGGAGAGAUCCCAUUGCAAGAAGUUUGUUGCAAGAAGUCAGAGCAAAAGAGUGAAAGUGAAGGUAAAACUGAAGAGUCAAAAGUAAAGAAAGAGGUAGAACAAACGGAAAUGUUUGUAGAAAAGGAAUGUAAGGAAAAAAAUGAAGAGAAUAAAGAGCUAACAGUAGAAAAGAUGAAGGAAAAAGACAGCAAAACAAAUACUGUUGAGUCUAGCCAGCAUAGUACCCUUGCGUCCACAAUGCAGCAUGAAGAUGUUGUAUGUCUAAAGGCUCCACCUGGCUAUGGGGAAGAUGUUUAUGAAGGUAUAGAAGAGAAAGAGGGGACUGAAGAGGAGAAAGUGAAGCAUGAUUCAAAAGAACGUCCACCAACUCCUCCAUCAGGAGCACAGGCUUGUUACCCUGAGGUCUGCAAGAAGUCAGAUGAAGGAUUCACUCGACCCUCUGAUCUUGGAAUGGAGGCCACAUCCUCCCAUUCACCUUCACUUUUCAAACACCGUAAAGGAGAUAUCUCACCAUCCUUUAUUAAUCCAAGCCCACAGGAGCUAUCAAGUGAGGAGGGAGAGGAAGAUGCCAGAAGUGAUCAUUCAAGAGAUGACGAGCGUGAGCAGCACUCUGUCAAAAGGAGAUCCCACAAGCAGCAGCAUUGUCAUCCCCACAGUCACCAUGAGGAUGGCAAGGAGGGAUCGCACAGCAUGCCGAGCAGUACGGCAACAGGGCACGGCAUUAUGCUAGCAGGGGAGGAAACUCCUCCUACAUCUUUGAGCGAGUCACUCCCAUCACAGUCUGACUCAGAUGUUCCUCCAGAGACUGAAGAAUGUCCAUCAAUUACAGCUGAAGGAAACCUAGACUCUGAUGAAGAUGCAGAACAUCUACCAGUGGACAAAAUGUCUGCAGCUGGCAGCAGUGGAGGAAGCCAUCAUUCCUCCUCCCCGAAGAGUCACGAUCCCCCUCCCAUCCCAGUGAAAGACCCUCUUCCUCACCCACCACACCCUGAUGUGUGCAUGGUGGACCCAGAGGCCCUUCUUAAUGGCCAGACCCACACAGAACGACCAGUGAAGAAAGACCUUAAAACAAAUAGAGGCUUGAGGAAGACACUAGGAAAAUCUGCAUCGCCAUCACGUAAAGGAGAUGCAAAAGGCAGGAGAUCUUCUACCCCUGUGAAGCAGACAUCCAAAGACUCCUCACCUCAUGCUCUUAAAAGAAAAGAUUCAGAGAAGACUUUUCGCUUGUCCAAAAUGUCUGAGACACAGGGAUCCAGGGGAGACAUCUACAACCCAGGAAGAGGAUUGGUCAAUGGUGUUAAGAGUAAUGCAGGCUCCAAUCUGAAAUCCAGCACUGGGACUCCACCUGGACCACCCAUCUAUGUCGACCUAGCUUACAUUCCCAACCACUGCAGUGCUAAAAAUGUUGAUCAAGAGUUCUUCAAGCGAGUGCGAGCAGCAUAUUACGUCGUCAGUGGAAAUGAUCCAGGCAGUGGUGAACCCAGCCGUGCAGUUCUAGAUGCACUCCUAGAAGGGAAAGCGCAAUGGGGCACUAAUCUCCAGGUCACUUUAAUCCCUACACAUGACACAGAGGUAACUCGGGACUGGUAUCAACAGACCCAUGAGAAACAGCAGGACCUGAAUAUAAUGGUCUUGGCCAGCAGCAGCACAGUGGUCAUGCAAGAUGAAUCUUUCCCUGCCUGCAAAAUAGAAUUUUGAAUUCUUUUCUUUUUAAAUUGCCAUUCAUUCCUCAUUCAUUUCUAAUAUUUUAGGUUUAGAUGAGUUACUCCACCCACAGCCUUCCAUCUGCUGCCAUUUAUAGUUUAUAUUCUAAUCCUCAAAAAUGCAACAAAAUCCUAGUGCUGUCAAAGGACUUUAUUGUAAGCUUUGGUCCUGAAUCUAUUGUACAUUUUUGAUUGCAUCUGCAAGGCUUUGGCAGAAAACUGAAUGUUCACUAGCUAGCUGCUAUGAAAUAGUAAUAUAAUGUUCAACGUAGGCUGAAGUUAAAUUGCAAAUUGAGAUUACUCAUAUUCUUUAACAUAACUUAAAGAGACCAAAAUUUUGUCCUGCCUGUAUUUCGAAUUCGAAGCACAAAAAAAUGCCCUCUGUAAAUUGGUUAAAGCAUCAUCUGAUUCACAUUCCGCAUCCUUUAUCAUCAAUCUUAGCACACAUAACCACAUAUAGACACAGUUGCCUGGGAAAAAAUACUCUAAACUUAAGGUCACACGGCCUUAGAGCAAAUAACUUAAGCGAACAGACUCAAAACAGUUCUGUCUUGUGAGUGACUAUUACAAUGAGGCUAGACACAGUCUCCCCAUGAGAUCACAUACCAGCAUAGAGUGAAGAAAGAAAUAAAUGUGCUCUAAAUUGCUAAUCCAAAGAGGAUUUGUGCCAAAUCUCAAUUCUUUCAAAUGGCAAUUUUAAAAAACAAAAUCAACCAUAAUCCAAGAUUUAUGUCUUUAGUUGACAAGAGAUUAUUAAUUCUUUAUUCAAACAUGCAAUCCAAUUGUUUUAUCUCAAUAAUGUGAUGGUAGUGAAGACUUACUCUUUUAAGAGUAAGGCAAAGUAGAUGGCAUCUUUACAAACCACCAACUCACUGAUAUGACAGAUUUCGGUUGAAUAGGCUCUGAUAUGAAAAUGUGACUGGUUAUAGAAGGGUGAAAAGUUAUAGAAAGUAUAACAGUAGUGUUAAUUUGGUAUUGCAGUUACCUUCCUAAAGCAUGAUGCUCUUCAGACUAAACUUCUAGGUACAUUAAUCUAGUGAUCUGUUCAGGGGAUGUGUUGGGGUCCACCCCUCUCUUCAAAAACUGACUAAUAAUGAGCAGCUUGCAUCCCAUCUGUCCAUUAUUUGAGUAGACCACCACUAGAGACAGAUGGAAAUUGUGUUUUAUUGCCAAUUACAUUAUGUUCUGAUUUUGUUAUUAUAAUUUUAAAUAAAAUCGUCAAAGUGUUAUGGAAAUUUAAAUGCGGCCACUUUAGGAUCAACUAAAAGUUUUAUAUUUUAAUGUGGAGGAUUCAGACUUGUGACAUGCUGAAUGUUUUGUUGGUGCAAUGUUGAUAUACUUUUUUUUUUUUUUUCCCCAACCUGAGAUUCCCUGACCCACAAGCACUUUAGGUUUAACUGGUUUAAAUAGAAACUGGCAGUGGAAAUUACACUAUAUAUAUCAAAAUGUAGCAAUAGAGACAUCUGUUAUAGACAGACUAAUAAAUAGAAUUGAAUAGAUUUCAUGGGUGUUGUGAGAGCAGACAGUGAGGGUUACCCUCGUGUGCCUUUUGCGUGUUGUUUAACGAAGAAAAUGCUGAGUUAUUGCAUAGACAUUAUAAAUAUAUAUAUAUAUAUAUAUAUAUAUAUAUAUAUAUAUAAUGUCUAUUAAUAUAAAUUUAUUUUGGAUUAUCUGGAAUUAGAAAUUCUUUAUAGCCUUACUUCAAGUUUACGCUAAUACAGUUAAUACAGUUUUAAUUUAAUGACAAGUUAAAGUAUUAUAAAAGCAGCAGGUGUUUAUAAUGAUAACAUUGUUGCACCAAGUACGAUUGCACUUUUCUAAAAUGAAGUCAGUUUGGUAGAUAGGCAUAAUGUAAAUAAUUAAGUAACCUUAAUUUAUUUGAAAAAGCAAAUAUAAAAUUUUUUAUUAAAAUGACUGAUUGUCAGAUACAUUUGUUUUUUUGUCUGACGAAGUGGACAGGAACUACUUAAGCUACUAUUACCUAAGCCGCUUUUCCACCGUGGGGCCGAAUGGUUGCAAGAACGGUAAGGAACAGUUCCAGUUAUAUUUCCACUUAAACUUGGUUUGGAUUACAAAUCAUUCUUGGCCAGGAAUUCAGAAAACCGUGCUGGUAGAAUACGUGUAGUGAUGUGGCCACUCGGGAUUGGUCACUUGUCUGUUGCCUGGCUGUCAGUUUCACUGUAGCUGUCCAAGCGCGCUAUUUGAGCGAAGUUAACGCAAGUUAAUGAUAAUAUGAAAAGAAAUAUCUGAAGAUCCUCCAAAUUGUAGUCGCUAUUUACAUCUCGAUUUACACCAAGGCAACAACUUACACAUUUGUGUUACAUUCCGAAGAGCUCUGUUAUCAGCCCUGCAGUGGAAAAUAAAACCAUAUCCGUACCGGCUGGGCCGGAUCGGCACUGAAUGGAACGUUUAAGCAACGGCCUGACGGUGGAAAAGCGGCUCUAUAUUAAAUUGUAUGAAGGUCAGUUGUUGAGAACAGAGCUAUAUCAAUAAAUUAAUCGGCAUUUUUAUGGAGCUUAAUCUCUUUUAAUGAAUAUUAAUUCAACCUAACCUGAAGUUACACCAUUUACAAAAAAGGCAGAAAGAACAUAUUAGCAGUCUAUCAUUUGCUUGUGCAUUUGGAACUAAAAUAGACUUGAUUUGAGAAAGCUGCCCAACAUCUUCAAUUACAUUGUGAGCAGUAUCUUCAAUAGCAAAACAUCAAGGCCUCAUUGGUAAAUGCACAAUUGUUCUGUCCUUGAAAGUAGCCUUGCUUUCAAGGCAGCAGUGCCAUCAUCUAUUCUUUUCCAAAACAAGCUCUGAAAUACUGCAUCCCUAACCUUAAUCCAGUAUAUUUACAGUGAGUGGAUCUGUUUUUAGUCUGUCUUGAUUUUUUUAAAUGUAAAAGUCGGUAUUUAGCAUAUUGUGUUAUUUGAAUAUAGAUUAAGAAAUUGUCUUUAAGAUGGUCAAAGUGACAGGUUCUUUGUGUACUUUUACUGAGAAUGCACAGGUUACCAGUGGUGGUCAAAUAAUUUACCUCUAGGGCCUCGAAAAGACAGUAGCCUUGAAGAUUAAACUAGUUUAUUGGUUAAAUAUAUACAGUUUAAUACCCAAUUCCACCAGUGUACACAAAUGAAACCCACACUGAGACCAAAAUCUUUUUUUUUUUUUCUUUUGCUAGAAGGAUUGUUAAAAUGGGCUGAAUCUGUACUGUACGUCCUAUGGUGUGGAUAUAUUUUCAUAUUUGAAAAUGUUUUAUUUCAAAUACCUGGCCUUAGUAACAAGUACUAUAUGGUCUUGUUAAUUAGCUGUGAUUUCUUUACACAAAAUAGUUUUGUGUUAAAGAUGAAUGCACUAACUUUAAAUAAUAUUUUUGAAUGUAAAAGUUGCUUUGCUGGAUGCUGCUUGAACAAAACAAAGAACUAGCAAAAUAUGCACAUGGAACAGUGAACCUCAGAAAAUGGGUCACCGAAAGAACAGUGGUUAGAAUCGUGAGUGACUCAUGACAAAAUAUUACAUUCAGCUGUUGCUGAUUUUCGUACAAAUACAGAACUCUCUUAAAAAUAAGAUACAACAACUUUGGUUUGCAGAGGGCUACCAACUACACACUGAAAACUGAAUACACUACAGACGUAAAGAUUCCUCCUUUACAAUGACUUGAAAUGUCAAAAUAGAGAUCAAAACAAAUGGCGUAACCUGUACAUAUAAAUAAAAAUAGCUGACGUGGUCAUUUAUGUGAAACGCUUUCUUUUCAGGAAGUUCUAUGGUCAUUGUAAUUCUAAUUUCCUAAACGUAAAAAAAAGACUGCAAAGUUAAAGUACCUCUACGAAUCUCUAUUAGUUCGAUUUCAUUCCACAUCAAAUGCAUCAUCAUGUGAUGGAUUCAUUUGGCCAUAUGUCAUGUAUACGUAUCCAUCUUUGCAUGUGACCUUAUUAGUUAUACUCCUGAAUGUAAUUGUUUAAUGAUCAGAAUUAAAACAAAACUAUUUUAAGAAGAUAUAUUUGAAGCUAACUGUCUUUAUGGUACUGAAAUAUGCAUAUAUUAUUGGGCUUGGCUUCUGUUUACCCUAAGAUGUUGUCGAGAAGAUGCUGUGAUAUUUCCUCGUUCUUUGGCGCUGUAUGAAUCUUAGUUCUCUUCUUCUUUAGUGCAAUAUUCAACAUUCUGUCUUUAAAAGCUCAAUGCAAAAGUAGAUUUCUGCUGAUUUACUGUAAAGGGAACCAUCCUGGUCAUCAUCAAUAAAAUACACAAAAAUUUGGAAAA